ACACCCUGUAUAUCGAAGUAGUAAUAAUUCAUUUCCUAUUGUCAACCUAUAAUUUUGAAUAUGAAAUGAGAAAAUCAACGUCAUUUUACUUAAAAAUUGCCUUAUCAUCUACUUUUUUGUGCUUUGCACAUUCUACCAAUUCGAAUUUCGUUGAUUGUCAGAGUUGGUUUUCGCGGGGAGCUGGUCGGAAAAUUCGUGGAAAAUCGAUAAUAAAGGACUUGCGCCUGUACAGUACUAACAAAAUGUCGGAUCACGGAGAUACCUUGGAAUAUCACAUCAAAUUCCCGAACCCGAAUUUUAACUACGGACAGAAUGGAGAGAGUGAUUUUGUUUUUGUGGUGAACGAAGAAAAAAUACCCGUGAUUUUGUUGUUCGGGUGGGCCGGUUGCCAGGACAAAUAUCUGGCGAAAUACUCGAAGAUAUACGAGGAAAAGGGCCUUAUUACCUUAAGAUAUACCGCACCAGUGAAAUGCCUAUUCUGGAAAAGGUACCAGAUGUUAAAAAUUGGCGAAAAAUUGGUAAAAUUAUUAUUGGAUUUAAAUUUCGACAGCCACCCCAUCAUCAUCCAUUGUUUUUCCAAUGGAGGAGCCUUUUUAUACCAAAAUGUAUCUAUGGCAUUGGAUAAGUGCCCUAAAGAUAUACCGGUGAAAGGAAUAAUUUUUGACUCUGCACCAGGCAAAAAACGAAUUCUUAGUUUAUUUAGGGCAAUUUCGGCCAUAUUGGGCGGAAAUGCUAUAUACAAUAUUUCCAUGUCAUUAUUUAUGACGAUGUUUAUUUCUGUGAUCUGGCUAUACGAGAUUAUUACUAAAGAAUUAUUUGCGAAAAAAGUAACGCAUACAAAUCUCUACGAACAUUUAAAACAUGAAAAAAAUUACUGGCCCCAACAUUUUAUUUACUCCAAGGCGGACAAUUUGAUACCUUAUACGGACAUAGAACAAUUUUCCUCGUUCCGAAAAACUCAGGGUGUAGACGUGACAACGCUGUGCUACGAGGAAAGCCUCCAUGUGAAACAUCUGCCGGAAAAUAAGGAAAGUUACGUUAACAGUGUCUGUAACUUUAUAAACAAAUGUUUGAAUGGGAAAAAUUAAAACAUUCGUUCCUAUAAAUCUACAAAAAAAUAAAGCUUUUAGGUCACAAUUAAAAUAAUUUUAUAGGUUAGGUUUCCGUCCUUUUUUUAAGGACUAUAUCAUAUUUUUUCAGGACAAAAAUUGCA